AUGGCCGCUCCGUUUGUGCCCGUCCCACUGCCCCUGGACCGAUCCAUUCCAGGGAAAAAACUGAGGAGACCACAGAGGGCGUCGUCUUUAGGCAGCGUGUCCAGCAGCUCGGACUCCUCUGGCCCCAGGUUGAACGGAGACGGUCGGGAAUGUGGUGGAGGUGGCUCUCGACGAUCGUCACGCUCGUCACGCAGCAGAACGCCCCCUCCUGCCCAGAGUCCAGUACUGCGCUCCAGGGUGAAUGGCGCUCUAGAACCCACUGUAGAGUACUCCACCUGCCCUCGCUCCAUCUCAGACCCAGAGAGUAGCCCACAGACUCAGCCGGAGGAGCGACCCAUCACCCCCACCGUCCUCGGAUAUGAAGUCAUGGAGGAGAGGGCCAAGUUCACGGUUUACAAGGUUCUGGUCCGGAAGUCUUCAGGCGAGAGCUGGGUGGUGUUUCGCCGAUACGCAGACUUCUCCAGACUCAACGACAAGCUGAAGGAGAUGUUCCCUGGCUUCCGCCUCGCGCUGCCACCAAAGCGCUGGUUCAAAGACAAUUAUGACAGUGAGUUUCUGGAGGAGCGACAGCUGGGACUGCAGGCCUUUCUGCAGAACCUCGUAGCUCACAAAGACAUCGCACACUGCCAGCCGGUGAGAGAGUUUUUAUGUUUGGACGAUCCCCCUGGACCUUUCGACAGUCUCGAGGAGAGCAGGGCUUUCUGCGAGACGUUGGAGGAGAGCAACUACAGACUUCAGAAGGAGCUUCUGGAGAAACAAAAGGAAAUCACAUUAUUAAAGAAAGAGCUUGAGGGGAAGGAGCAGGCCAUCCUUCUGCUGGAGAAGCGCCUCAAUGGAGAGACUCAGGACUCGCCCUGUGUUUCGGUUCAGGGCAGUGAGAGCAGCGCAGAGGUGGAGUCUUCUACAACAGAGGCCGAUCAAGACAUCGUACUCAACGGCAGCUCUUCCCCAGUUUGA